AUGAUACCAUCUGUAUAUCCCUUAAAUAAUCAAACACAAUAUUUAGCACAAAGCCAUCCAACCAAGUAUUUACAGAGCCCUUUACAGAGCCCAUCUGUGAUAUUGAGAUGCUAAAAGAGAGGUUAUAUUUUGUAAUAUUAGGAUGUAUUAAAAAUUAAGUUUUUAAUAUCUGCUUAAAGGGUUAUAGGAUAUGUUAAUUAUAUAUUUGAUUAGAUAUUUGAUUUAAAUGAUUUUUUUCUUUCCACAAUUCUAUAAGAUUAUCAAGAUUGUUUGGAUUAGAAUAAAGAUCCUUUUGACGGAUGCUUUUCAGGGAAAUAUGAUUGUAUUCAAGGUUGCAGUAAUUGUAUUAGAGGCAUUUGCAUUGAGUGCAAGGAAGGAUGGGAAUAUAAUAUAUUACUAGAAACAUGCUUUCCUAUUUGUGGAGAUAAAUUGAUUAUAUAUGAUGAAGAAUGCGAUGAUGAGAAUUAAUAAGAAUAUUAUGGUUGUUUCAAUUGCAAGUUUUCUUGCUUAUUUGGUAAGUGUUUAGAAUGCCUAUCAAAUUACAAUUUAAUUGAUUAAAGAUGUGAAGAAAUAAAUGGAAGUUAAGAUUAUUAAUCAUAAGAUCAAUUUUCUAUUUAAAUUUCUAAUUUUUAAGAUUAUGGUAAUUAUUAUCAUAAAUUAUUACAUGAUUAAUUUGCUAAUCCUUUACCAAUUCAUAAUGUUGAUUGUGACCUGUAAACACACCAUAUUUUUGGAUAUUUUUAUCAUCAAUGUAAAGUAUCACUUAUAGAAAAUUGUUUACGUGGUAUAUUUGAUUAAUGCUUAGAAUGUAAAACUUUUAUACGUAUUCUUGGGGUGAGAAAAAAUGUCUUCCAAUAUGUAAUGAUGGAAUGAUGAUUG